UUUCCUUCUACAUCGCCGCCCUAACCAUGGCCGAGGUAGUGACGAGGCCGAAGCUCAAGCAAAUCUCCCUUAUCUUUGCCUGCGGAACUGCCCUCUUUUCUGACGGUUAUGCCAACAACGUCAUCGGUUCCGUGAACACCUUCUUGAAACGUAUCUACGGCGAUGAUGCCCUCACUGGCAACAACUACAGCAAUACCCUCAGCAGUGUUGCAUUCGCUGGUACUGUCGUCGGAAUGCUUGCUUUUGGCUGGAUAUCGGAUAAGCUUGGGCGUAAAUUUGGCAUGAUGUCCGCCACGGCCAUCGUCGCGUUCUUCUCUCUCCUCUCCGCCGCAUCCGCUGGCGCGCACAACAGCUUAUCUGGUCUCGUCGGCAUGCUCAGCUUCUGCCGUUUCAUGCUUGGUAUUGGUGUCGGUGCUGAGUACCCCUGUGGUUCCGUGUCUGCCUCAGAGCAAUCUGAAGAAGAGGGUGUCGCAAAGAACGCCCAGCACCGCUGGCUUGUCCUGGCUACAAACACCAUGAUUGACGUAGGCUUCGUUAUCGGUGCCUUCGUACCGUUGGUGCUCUACUGGAUCUUCCGCGACGACCACCUCCGUGCUGCAUGGCGGGUGUCUCUGGGCCUUGGCUUUAUCCCAGCCAUGGCCGUCUUCUUCUGGCGUCUCAAGAUGGAAGAGCCCACGCGUUACAAGAAAUCCUCUAUGAAGAAUGUGCGCAUCCCGUACGGCCUCAUCUUCAAGCGGUACUGGAGGGGUUUCCUUGGAAUCUCCCUUUCUUGGUUCAUCUACGAUUUCAUUACUUAUCCUUUCGGCAUUUAUUCCUCCACCAUCACUGAUGCUAUUACUGGAGGAAACUCCUCCCUCUCCGUUGUCUUCGGCUGGAGCGUGGUUAUCAACUUGUUUUACAUUCCUGGUACCGUGAUCGGUGCAUUUUCCAUUGACUUCCUCGGCCCGAAGGCUACCAUGAUCACUGGUCUCUUGGCGCAGGCUGUUAUGGGAUUCAUUAUGAGUGGACUUUACACCCAACUUAGCCACCACGUUGGCGCUUUCGCCGUUGUCUAUGGUAUUUUCCUGAGUUUCGGAGAGUUCGGCCCCGGAAACUGCUUGGGAGUUUUAGCCGCAAAGACCGGACCUACCGCGGUUCGUGGACAGUACUAUGGCGCUGCUGCUGCGAUCGGGAAAAUUGGCGCGUUCAUUGGCACAUGGGUGUUCCCCAUAAUCAUCGAUGGCUUUGGCGGAACAGGCACCACAAAGGGCGACACCGGGCCUUUCUGGAUUGCCAGCGGCCUCGCGGUUCUCAGCGCAAUCGUCGUUAUACUGUUGGUCAAGCCACUUACUGCAGACGGCAUGACCAUGGAGGAUGAGAAGUUCCGCGAAUAUCUCAUGGAACACGGUUUCGACAUCUCUACUCUCGGUAUACAAGAGGUGGAUACCACCGACUCGGAGGUUGACGUGAAGUCGACCGAGGAGAAGGUUGCCACAGCUUAAAUUAACGUGGCCUGGUGACAUUCGUGCCGAGGUUCGUUUGGAGGACGAUCAAAGACAGUCAGAAUGCAACAGUCGUUGCUGGACAUUGUUGAGGCACGAUCAUUUACGACGUUUGAUUCUUUCUCGAGAUACCAUCUAAUUUCUUAACUUAUCCACUCCCCUUACUACUCGGCUCCUACUGGUUGUCAUUCUCUGAACUGUUGUCGCUCAAUGCAUUGUCUUCUUGGUCCAGCUGGACCUGCUAUAAACAUGGGCGCGCGAGACGUUGCGCUCCUCUUCAUUACCGGGGAUAUGAACAUGCACUUGAGACGAUCGGUGGAAGAAAACAAGGAGGCAGACUUAGUAGACGAGAACUGUUGAUGCGAUGGAUCUAUAGAAUUACAAGAAUGAUAUCG